AUGGGAUGUAAUCGAAAAACGGAAACAUCUUUGUACGAUUGGACUGCAAUAUGUGUUGGAUUGAGCAACGGAUACGUUCGUUUCUUCACUGAUCGAGGCCUGCUACUUCGUUCAGAUCAUGUCUCUUGCAGCGCGAUCGAAGAGAUUCGUUUGGGUCGCUCGCUAAUGGCUGGUGACCAGGAAGUGGCUGUGCUUUCGCAAACUGACCUAACCUGCAUCGAAGGGCUCUCUCUUUUUAUCGCUUUGAGGACUGCCAAAAGCCAACUUGCUCGUGGCGAAACCGAUCUCGAAAAAAUUGCUGCAUAUGGGAAAUUAAAUGUGGAAAAACUGAAAUUCGGAUCGGAAUUUUGCGUGGUAGAUUUUGGUGUUUCUGGUCCACUAAAACCCACUUGGUUCGAUCUUCACAGUGCUGCCGCUCUUUCGGCGAAAGAUUCCUAUUUGUAA